AUGACGAAAGUGUUCCUGAUAGACAGAUACAACCUCUGGUCCUUCUCUUUGGCAAAAGAGAUCCGUAGUAUCUACAAGCAGCCGAACUAUCCAAGGCAUCAACCGAACACCGUCAACGAGAACUACUCAUGUGCAAUGCAUGCUAAGUUUGAAUUGGUCAACAAAGUCUUAGCGGAGAAGCUGUUUCCAACAAAAUAUUUCUGCUGGCUAGAUAUUGGACUCUUCCGGGCUGUUGCUGAUGACAAGAAGACCUUCAAGCUCCAGAUUCCCAAAGAAUGGGAUCAACGGAAAGUAGCCUAUAGUGCAGUAUCCCGCUUUAACAAACAGACGACAAUCGUAAAUGUUAUUAAACACAAUAUGGUGUGGGUUGGAGGCGCAAUGUUUUUAGGAACACCUGAAGUGCUUCAUAACUACACGGAAGACUACAUGAAUAUGGUCAAGAUGCUGUUAAAUCAACGCUUGAUGAAUACGGAUCAGCAGGUUAUAUAUUCCAUGUUCCUACCAUCCUCACAGGUUAAACCCAGAGUUCAGAUACAACUAUUCUCCCGCGAGCACAAUCCUUAUGAUUAUUGGUUCUACCUUGGGUACCUGUGCAGGGAGACAUGGUUAAAAACCCAAACUCCUGUGAAUAAAACAGCCUAA